AUGAUCCACUAUAAUCUUGAACCCAUUGCUCCACAGCAAUCUUACACUAUAAUAUUUCAGUACAUUGGUCCACCACAUUCGUCCACCACAGUGCUACACCACAAUGCACUACCAAAAUGUUCACCCUCUUUCACAAUGCUCCUCCACAACCCUCCACACAAUAUUCCACCACAAUCCACCACAAUCCUCCACCACAGUCCUCCACCACAACCCUCCACCACAAUCCUCAACCACAACCCUCCACCACAACCCUCUAUCACAAUUCUCCACCACAAUCCUCCACCACAGCCUACCACCACAAUCCUCCACCACAACCCAUCACCACAACCCUCCACCACAAUCCUCAACCACAAUCCUCCACCACAAUCCUCUACCACAAUCUUCCACCACAAUCCUCCACCACAGCCUACCACCACAGCCUACCACCACAAUCCUCCACCACAACCCUCCACCACAAUCCUCCACCACAAUCCUCAACCACAACCCUCAACCACAAUCCUCCACCACAAUCCUCCACCUAAAUCCUUCACCACAGCCCUCCACCACAACCCUCCACCACAGCCUACCACCACAAUCCUCCACCACAACCCUCCACCACAAUCCUCAACCACAAUCCUCAACCACAACCCUCAACCACAAUCCUCCACCACAAUCCUCCACCUAAAUCCUUCACCACAGCCCUCCACCACAACCCUCCACCACAGCCUACCACCACAAUCCUCCACCACAACCCUCCACCACAAUCAUCCACCGCAAUCCUCUACCCCAAUCCUCCACACAAUCCUCCACCACAAUACUCAACCACAACCCUCCACCACAACCCUUUAUCACAAUUCUCCACCACAAUCCUCCACCACAACCCUCAACCACAAUCCUCCACUACAAUCCUCCACCACAGCCUACCACCACAAUCCUCCACCACAAUCCUCCACCACAGCCUACCACCACAAUCCUCCACCACAACCCUCCACCACAAUCCUCUACCACAAUCUUCCACCACAAUCCUCCACCACAGCCUACCACCACAGCCUACCACCACAAUCCUCCACCACAACCCUCCACCACAAUCCUCCACCACAAUCCUCAACCACAGCCCUCCACCACAAUCCCUCCACCACAACCCUCCACCACAAUCCCUCCACCACAAUCCUCCACCACAACCCUCCACCACAGCCCACCACCACCGCCUACCACCACAACUCCUCCACCACAACCCUCCACCACAGCCCUCCACCACAAUCCUCCACCACAACCCUCAACCACAAUCCCUCCACCACAACCCUCCACCACAACCCUCCACCACAGCCCUCCACCACAAUCCUCCACCACAACCCUCCACCACAACCCUCCACCACAUCCCUCCACCACAAUCCCUCAUUCUCACAUGAUCGCAUAACUUUCAGGAAUGUGGAGGAGUCACUGACACCCAGCACAGACACACAAGAAACGAAAUGUGAUUGUUAA